CACGACAUUGCCACAGAAGGCAAACAGCGAUCGUCUCUUCACUUCCUUGAGGAUUUAUUUUGUUGCAAAUUCACCUAUGGUGGCGGGCGAAUAGCCACCUACUAAAGUUACCCUCCACACCCAAUUCAUGACGGCUGGCAACAUGUCAACAAACGUCAUUCGUAUGUGUACUCUCUGGCUGGGAAACAUACCGGUACCUUCCUAAAGUGGAAAGCUAUCCGCCCCUCGAAAUGUUUAAAGCCGUCUCGCACGACCACGAUAGAGAUUGAUACGAUGAAUUAGCCGCCUCAAUCGAAUCCGCUAUUAUCGUCAAACCUUAUUUCAUGAAAACAUGACCAUUUUCUGCGGAAGGAAAGGGUGGAACGCUAGGAUUGUUGCUACAAUAGUCUAGUAGAUGCAUUCCCAUGCACAGAAAACACAGGCACCCUGUACGGAUCUUUACGGCCUGUACAUGGACCUGCAGAUUCCUCCGGAGCGUAUUCAAUCUUCCAUCCUGUUCCUUCUAUUCGCCGAUAUCCGCCCCUGAAAUCAGAAGUUCCUUCUGAUAAGUUUAAGUCUCCUGCUAAGUUGGGCUUAGAUUCCCGAAAACUUGUGGCUUAGGCGAACCCCAUCACUAAUGGAGUGAGGCUAAAGCUGCGAUCGAUAUAUCCAGAUACAAGCUUUCCUUGACCCUCCUUGGAUAUGCAUACAGUCUUGUUGGUAGCCAUAGCUGCCGAAGAUCGAGGCAGUGGAACCUGGGAUGUGUCAACCACUCACAGAGUCCUGGACUCGUGCUUCUGAUCCUGGCUUAUCUAAAGGAAGUAUUGACGAGAGGCACCGGGUGUUGAUUCGUCAAGGUGAUAUCCGAUCUUUCUUCGUUGUUUCGCCAUAGCCUUACUCUGUGACGAGGAGCAGCGUAUAGCUGAGCCUUGUACUCAGAUAGUUCACUUCCAUGGACAAACACAGUCACACGUAUAAAUUCUCUCUUUCGUCCUCUCUCUCUGUCUCUUUUUUCUUCCAUCCUCAAGUGCAAGUCCAAGUUUGCCUUCCUUGUCUUCUUGCAGUUCUCUUGAUUUUCAAGCUCUCAGGCUUCUUUCGCUUAAAUCGUCGACUUUUGAAGAUACACCCCUUUCAAAAUGCAUUCUGUCAUCGCUCUUCUCGCCCUUGCUGCUGCAGCUUCGGCAGCUCCUGUUGCUGAAAUUUCUGAAGUUGCUGUAGUAGGGAGCUCUGACUUCUUUGCACCAGCCAUCAAGAAUCCCAAUUACGUUCGUAACGGAACUGCUGCUUUACUUAAGGCAUACGCCAAGCACAACCUGUCACCACCACAAGAAUGUGCCGAGGCGUUUACUGCUGAGUUGAACGGUCUCAAGUCCGCUAAACGCAAGCGUCAAGAUAGCUCUGCACCAGCUUCACCAUCAGGAGGCGUUGAGUACUUGGUUGAAACAGAUGUUGGUGGCCAAAAGCUCAACCUGGAUUUUGACACUGGAAGCGGUGACUUGUAAGAUCUUCACUAAAUCGGCAUCCUUUAAUUACAUUUCACUAAUAUGAUCUACAGAUGGGUUUUCUCUACCUCGUUGUCCGCUUCAUCCCAAGCAAACCACCAUGUCUUCAACCCAUCCUCCAGCAGUACCUACAAAGCCAUGUCGGGAGCUACAUGGAGAAUCAUAUACGGAGAUGGAUCCGGUGCCAGCGGAACAGUUGGUACUGAUACUGUAACUGUUGGCGGCACCACUGUAAAGGGCCAGGCUGUAGAGCUCGCUAAUAGAGUUUCCGCACAAUUCGUCCAAGAUGCUAAUGACGGACUUCUUGGUCUUUCGUUUAGCAACAUCAACACUGGUAAGUAGUAAUACCUGAAGCAUCAUUGUGAGUACCAUGUUCUGACAUACCACAGUUAGACCAACACAACAGAAAACCUUCUUCGACAAUGCCAAGUCAUCUCUCACAAAGCCUUUGUUUGCUGCCUAUCUUCCACUAAACGCAAAUGGUGCUUAUGACUUUGGUGCUAUUAAUGCUCGACACCACACUGGCUCCGUUGCCUACACGGAUGUUGACUCUUCGGGAGGCUUCUGGCAAUUCCCAUCCACUAGCUACAAGGUUGGUGGUACCAAGCACAGUCUAUCUGGAGUCUCUGCUAUCGCAGAUACUGGAACCACCCUGCUUCUCAUCGCGGACGCUGCCGUUACCACCUACUACGAUGCAGUCCAGGGUGCUUCAUUUGAUAACCAGCAAGGAGGAUAUACUUUCCCCUGCUCCGCCAGUCUUCCAGAUUUCGCUGUUCGCAUCGGAAGCACAAACUAUGCCACUAUCCCAGGAUCGUUGAUCAACUUCGCUCCUAUUGAUAAUUCGGGUCGAACUUGCUUCGGUGGAAUUCAAUCCGUUGGUCAGAUAGCAGGGAUGAGUAUUUAUGGAGAUGUUUUCUUCAAUGCUUACUAUGGUGUUUUCGAUGACGCUGGACCACGUUUUGGAUUCGCUCCUAUUGCAUGAGUGGAGAUGCUGUGACUUUACGCAGUUGGGUUUUCGCCAAUUCAUGAUUGGAAUGUGGUGGAGACGUUGAGAUUUUACGGACUUGGUUUUUGAUGACUUGGUUUAAUGAAUUCAUGAUGAACACGGGUGGGCUAGAUGACGAAGGCCAAUACAGUAAUAAUUCUUGAUGGGUGUAUUCGAGGGACUUUUCGUCCACUCCAUUAAUUUAAUAGAAUAAAAUUUUGAGAGCCA